AUGAUUCCCGACCUCAUUGCUCGUUUCUGGAUUGUGCAAAUCCACAUCCGAGUCCCUGAAUGGCUGAAGAGCAUCAAAGGUGCUCCCUCCCGCCGGCCACAGGAUGGGACCACUAUCUCCAAGAAUGCCCUGGUGGCUGCUCCAAAACCGGCUCCAUACAAACCCAAGCAUUACCGGCAUAUCAUCUACGCCUACGACGUGCAGGAGGAGAAGAGCGAGAUUCCGGUCUUGGAGCACGAUCCCUUUGACUUCCUGGACCCGCAGAAGACGCUGGUCCCCCCGGAGAAUACCAUUUUGAUUGAUCCGGUUGCCGUGGGACUGCCCUGGUUCUCCACGAUGAAGGGAACUCCGCAGUGCAUCCACUGGCGUGAGGCCGAGGCCGCCGGGUUGGAACUCAUCGAGAAAGUCAUGGCGGCUCGAGGCGCCGGCGCGGUGAUUCCAGAGAAGCUCAAGACGAGCGACCAGCGCCGCAAGAUGAUGGAACUGGUGGAGACGGCAGUGACCAUCUGCAUUUACUUGUAUGCCGUCUCCGAUGUGGCGCGGAUCCGCGUCCUCACCAAGUCGAUUGUCUUUCUGUUCCUGCACGAUGAUGUCAUGGAAUCCCGGGCCAACGUCGAGGGCAACUCCAUCCUCGAAGGGUGGGACACAGACAGUUUCCAGGCCAACGAACUCGAGGGCGAGUCGCGCAAUGAUAUCUUCCUCGACUUCUGCCGGGAAGCCAUCGCGCUCGACCCAAUCCUGGGACUGGAGUUGAUGCAGGACACCGUUCGCUGGGCGCGUUACUCUCGGGACAACAGCACGAAGCCCAACAAGUCCCACGCCACAUGGCAGGAUUUCCGGGAUUUUCGAGAACUAGACAUCGCCUACGACUUCAUGGUCACGGCUGUGCGCUUUGGCGCCGCCACUCUCUACGACCCCGCCGAGCGGCCGGUCUUCGAGUGGAUCGAGAAGCUCUACAUUCGACACUGUCUCUACAUCAACGACCUGUACAGUUACGAAAAGGAACUCCGAGAGUACCAGCAAGAGGGCGCCCCUCUACACAAUUCGGUCCACAUGAUCGAGCAGGUUCUCUCGGUGCCCCCGAGCUCUGCCAAGGCAAUUCUCCGAUCCGUCCUGUGGGACUGUGAACGCCAGGUCCGAGAGGAAUAUGUUCGGUUGAUGGCGCUGCCCGAGAUGAGCGAGACCCAAAAGUUCUAUCUCAAGCGGUUGAUUGAGAGCUUUGCCGGCAAUUACUUGUACUCGAUGAGCACCUACCGCUAUGCCCGACUCAGUGGAAAACUCAUCGGCCCGCCCCCAGAUGACUGCAUGCUCAAGAGCUUUGUGCAAUGA